AUGGCCUCAUCUCCGCAUACGCAAGACUACAUUGGAAAAUUAUCAGAGGAGCUGCGGCUUGAGGUAUGCGAAUUGUUGCCCAUCCCAGCGCUCAAGAAUCUUGGGUUAGCCAACAAACACUGGCGAAAGUCUAGCUCAUCUGUGCUAUGGAAAAGUUUCGAGUCUAGCCUCGUAGCUGGAGAUCGCGACUUCGAUGCCCUUGUCUUGUCUUUACCUGAUGGCCUUUUCGACAACGUCAAGAACUUGAAGAUUCGUACUCCUCCCGAGAACUUCGAGAUCGUGAUGCAGGUAGUAUCGAGCAUUACUCGGGAUACUUUGAGAACUGUAGAGCUUAUAGGCGUGCAUACUGAAGUUUGGGAGUCGCUACUCUGCUCUCAACAUUCAAUCGAGGAGCUCACAUUCCGGCAACACUCAUACAUCCAACUCAGCCGACGCUUUCCCAAUCCUCGCUCCCUCGCGCAUAGCCUGAAGAAGCUUCAAAAGCUGAAGAUCGCAUCCCGCAGAAACGACAACGACUAUAGCGCUUGGCUCGUGAACACACCAGCUCUUGAAGUCUUGAGUCUUGGAUCUGGGUGGGGGCGUGAUUCUCGCGACGCAACUGCAGUUCCUCUCGAUAUAAGGACACCCGCUGUUGGUUUCGUACCUCUAAGACUUCGACGCCUGUCUCUAUUCCAAUUGAUACUAUUGGACGGAGUUGAUCAUCUUGGAGGCAUUAUCCACCUGCCUUCUCUCAAGACUUUGGACAUAAUCCAUUGCGAUCGUGUUCCAGUUUUACUUCGGUAUCUAACCAGCAAAUAUACAACCUCAAACGAGUCUGCCCUGAAGUCAUUCAACCUAACACAAGAUCCCGAGGACGAAGAAGAGCUGAUUGAGUCUCUAAACCAGUUUAUCGGGUGCUUUUCAGGUCUGGAGACGCUGUUUGUAGCGACUCGAGAUCCUCAACACGUUGACGUGCAUAAAGUAUGCCGACAUGGACAGACUCUACGAUUUCUCCACUUAGAUCCAUUGUACCGUCAAAUGGAUCUUACCUUAUUCAACAAUCGUGGUUACUACUCAGCUGGAGAGCUGGAGACACUUGCUGCUGGAUGCCCAUAUAUCGAGGAACUUGGUAUCCAUGCCGCUGCCAUCGAUCUCAGCGUCGUCGAUCUCAGCUUAAAAUUCUCAAAAUUCAACGGAAGAGAUCUUCCAAGAGCUCUGGACAUAAUAGCUCGGCUUCGGUCGCUACGAAGCUUACGCCUCACCCACUUACUCACCGUGAACGACAACAAUGAAGUUGGAGAUUCGAAUUCAAAUGCAUGGUACCACUCCAAACUAGCGAGCAAGGUCAUGCAGUACCUAGUAGAACGAGGUUCAUCAAUCGAGGUCUUUGCAAUCAGUCCUACGGCUACUCAGUACUCGGACAGCGCAGAACAAGACUUCCAAGGCCACACUUGGCCUAACUACUACUACCUACGCGGUACAGCGACUAUACCGCUUCGUCACAGACAUAUCACUCAGGCCCAGGCCAUACCAGUGACGGAGAAGAACAUCACGGACUACGUUAAAUACCCAUCUCUUCUGUUCAGAUCCGAGGAAAACGACUUCAAAGCUUAUGCAUGA